AGAGUUCCGCUGUCCCCCAAACAUACAGCAGGGCAGCACGCCGGCGACCGAGAGGGCCAGCCUAACCUCCCGGGCCCCCCACCCGCGGCGGGCGGGCGGGCGGGGCGGCGGCUCACGCGCCAACCCUGGGCGCCGCCGCCCGCCCCCUUCUCACACCCGGCCGCGCCUUCCCUCCCGCAGCCCGGCCCCCGCGAGCUCCGCGUCUCCGCAGCCGCCUGCUCCGGCCCCGCGGGGUCAGAGCCGGAGCAUGGAACCCGGGGAGCCCCGGGAGGCCCGCGAACCUGGGCCAGGGGCAGAGACCGCCGCGGCCCCGCGCUGGGAGGAGGCCAAGACUUUCUAUGACAACCUCGCGCCCAAGAAGAAACCUAAAUCGCCCAAGCCUCAGAAUGCUGUCACCAUCGCUGUGUCCUCCCGAGCCUUGUUCCGCAUGGAUGAGGAGCAGCGGAUCUACACGGAGCAGGGCGUGGAGGAGUACGUCCGCUACCAGCUGGAGCACGAGAAUGAGCCCUUCAGCCCCGGGCCUGCCUUCCCCUUCGUGAAGGCCCUGGAGGCUGUAAACAGGCGGCUUCGGGAGCUGUACCCCGACAGUGAGGAUGUCUUCGAUAUCGUGCUCAUGACCAACAACCACGCUCAAGUGGGAGUCCGCCUCAUCAACAGUAUCAACCACUAUGACCUGUUCAUCGAGAGGUUCUGCAUGACAGGCGGGAACAGCCCCAUCUGCUACCUCAAGGCCUAUCACACCAACCUCUACUUGUCAGCUGAUGCAGAAAAAGUGCGAGAAGCCAUUGACGAGGGGAUCGCAGCUGCCACCAUCUUCAGCCCCAGCAGGGAUGUCGUUGUGUCCCAGAGUCAACUGCGCGUGGCUUUCGAUGGGGAUGCUGUGCUCUUCUCAGAUGAGUCAGAGCGCAUUGUCAAGGCUCACGGGCUGGACAGAUUCUUCGAGCAUGAGAAGGCCCAUGAGAACAAACCUUUGGCCCAGGGCCCUUUAAAGGGCUUUCUGGAGGCACUGGGCAGGCUGCAGAAGAAGUUCUACUCCAAGGGCCUGCGGCUAGAAUGCCCAAUUCGCACCUACUUGGUGACAGCACGCAGUGCAGCCAGUUCUGGGGCCCGGGCUCUGAAGACCCUGCGCAGCUGGGGCCUGGAGACGGAUGAGGCCUUGUUCCUGGCUGGAGCACCCAAGGGCCCCCUCCUGGAGAAGAUUCGCCCUCACAUCUUCUUUGAUGACCAGAUGUUCCAUGUGGCUGGGGCUCAGGAGAUGGGCACCGUGGCCGCCCAUGUGCCUUACGGCGUGGCACAGACACCCCGGCGGGCUGCUGCUGCAAAGCAGGCGCCAUCUGCACAGUAGCUGAGCCUCAGCACUUCAGGCUUCCUGUCUUACUUAGUUCAGCACCUUGACUGGUGGCCCCUUCUGGUUCCUCACCAUUCUUCCCUUCUGCACAUCUGCCCUCAUCCCUUGGGUGAGGUACUUGUAGGAAAUGACAUGAACUGGGCCACUUGGGAGCAAACACUGUGCCAUGAUCCUAGCUAGGACAGUAGGAUCAUGCAGAGUAGCUGGGUUUCAGGGAGAAGGUGAUGGGACUGAGCAGGGGAGGGUCAGCAAAGCCAGGAUGCUUCAGAAGGGGCUUGGGAUGAAAACCAGCCCAGGGCAGUGCAAAGAACUGCUGUGGAGAAGGUGGGUCUGGCAAUUGAGCUCUGCCCUAGCAUCAACUGCAUGACUUGAAGUCCUUCCCCUUCAUGGUCCUCAGCUCCCACAUCUUUUAAGUGGUUUGCAAACUCUCCUCUAGCCAGAGAAGUUUGGUUUUAUGAAAUUGCCUUUUGAAGGAAGCAUUCUGUGCCAGGGCUGCUGAGAUGCAUGGCAUCUGUGAAAAUCACAUAAAAGGACACACUCUCUAGGCCAAUUAUGAAGCAACAUCUUCUUGUGGCCGGACCUGGGCUGACACUGGGCUGCACAGCUUUGUUAACAAGAUAUAGGCUGGAUUUCAGCCCCCAUGUGCCCCUCAGCCCAGAGGCCUUUGUCAAAGGCAUAAUGUUCCACAGUAGCCCUAGCUAUAUCUUUCCAUGUUUGGAAAUCAGUGGUCAAGAUGACCCAUCUGCUUCCUAUAAUUCUCUAACCUGGACCAUCAGGAGGGGUCAGCUGCCAAGAUGGAAGUUUUGCAAAAAGGAGUUGGGAGAAAAUUGAACCUCCAACUGAACUGGCAAGUUCUCCUCCAGCCAGCAGGGGGCGCUGCAGGCUCUUCCUGUGGAGGAUCUUUGGUAGCAGCUGUUGCAGGGUUUUAUUUGCUCCAGCUUUUAGCCAAAAUUCAGUAGUUUUGCCUGCCAACCCCCUCUCAUUGCCCGUUGGUCCUCCAUCACUGCCUCCUGCUGUGCCGUUAGGCAGCUCUGCCAAUGGGGAAAGAGGUGGAAUAUUUAUGGCCUCGAACACGGGGACAAAGUGCAGUGUCUGAAGUGAGCAUUUGUCCAUGCUGAGCCAGAGGGUAAGGCCUGGGUGAAGUAGGAAAUGUCAGGAGGUCUGAUCUGAGACCAAAAGUACCAUUACAGUAAUGACUUAGGAAGGAGCUGGCAAAAUUCUCACUAGGCAAAAUUCUUCCACUGUGGAUAGUGAGCGGAAGGCCAGUCAGAGCUGCCCUGGAGGUAAUGAGCUCUCUGACAUUGAGAUGUUGUGUAAGGGAUUCUGGAAUGAGGUGACCUCCCCAAAAUGUACCUCCAGUCUGCCAGGAGUCUCUGCAGCACCUCCUUCACCACUUCCAGAGAGCCCUGAUGGAUCUUCUCCUUUGCUGAGCAGCCUUGGCUCUCUGGGAGAAAGGAUAGACGCGUGAAUGACUGAUGCCAAGGAAGACCAAGAAGGGGUGAGCAGACAUCUAUGUGUGCACUGAUUGCCUGGCUCCCCAAGGAUCCUAGCUAUGAGUGAGCACUUUUCAAAGAAAACCAAAGGCAUCCCUAGAGGGGGCAAGAGCCUAUAGGUGUCAGGGUGGGAGACAGUCUGAGGAGCCCAACCAACCUUUGUCUGUCUGAGUCCUCAGCCCAGGGUCUGAAUGAGUAUCUGUCCCAGGCAGUGUGGCACAAGGUAGUAGUUGCAGAAAGAUAAUCUAGGAAGGAGAAGAAGGAAGACCAAGAUGCUUCCAGAAAUGAGCACCAGUUCGGGCCAGAAAAGUGCUGGGUGGGUUUGCGCUCUGAGUGUCAGAGGCUCACAAGAGGCUGUUUGCAGAGAGGAAGGGCAAGACUGGCUGAGUGACUGAGACAGAUACCCGCCAUAGCUGCCUUAGGGCCACUCAGAAAGGCAUGUGAUGAAGGUGUUUUUGCACACAGUCAUUUCCAUCGCACAAUGGGGCUCUUUUGGCCAACAGAGGAGGCCUUUGGGCAGAAGGUCUGGUAUGGAGCUUCCUCUACAAUCAAUGCUCUAAGCCUGGCCACAGAUGCUGUGCAACCUAAGAACAGCCACAAGGAAAUGAAAAGGAGGCAAGAGAGGGAACUUAACCUCAGAUCACCUCCAUUUUGGCUGGAUCACAAAAAGCCUCUGGCCUGCCUGCCACUGGGGUCAUAGUCAUCCCCUGGGAGGAGCCUCCAGGACUCACAGAGCCAGUGGCCAUAAGAAGCCUGCAAAGCUGAGCACAGUCCAGGCUCAUACGAUGGCAUCAGGCUGCCUCACCAAGGUGGACCCAUGCACAGUGAGGGCAGCAGAUGUCACCCAAUUGAGAUAAACUUUAGGGAUUCUAAAAUCCAUAAAGUCCAUCCACAGGGUCCAGUGAUGAACACCACAGACCCUUCAGCUCUCUCAGGAAGCAGAAAAAUAUGAUGCUAGAAGUAGAAAGAUAAGGUACAAUAAAAGCUGUGGAUUUCACUGGAGCCACCAUUAAUAGAUAAAGACAGCCUUGGGCAAUGAAGAGACACUGAAGGUCCAAAUUCUAUUACUGAAACCACAAAUGAGCAUCUCAAGCCUGGAAAAAAGGGCUUUCAGAAGCUGGAGUAAAAGGCUAGGAGUCCUGGGGGCAGGUUUCAUUCCAACCAGACAGGCCUUCUGAUGGUCUCAGUGUUGAAGAGGGACCCAGGGGUGAGGAGCAUUGUUUAUUGUGUAACCAGGAAAUUAAAAAGUCAGAUGAGCAGCAAAGCCCCUGGCCUGACCUAGGACUGCAGCACCGGGGCAGAGGGGCCACAGCAUCUGGAAUGCUGGACCCUUUAGCUGAAAACACCACUUCCCCGAGUUCUGCAGAUCACUGAUCCCAGGAGUGCUUGCCAACAAUGGAACUGACCCAAUGGAACUGCCACUUAGCAGAAAAGCAGAAGCCCUGUGAUUAAGCACCGAGACUGCUAAGAUCAUUGCAAAUAGCUCCCUCCCCUACCUGAGAGGCACAUCAGAGUAGUGGGAAUGUCACAGAAUAUGUCAGGAACAAAAGAAAAGAACCCAGUAAGAAGUUCAAAUCCAAGAUGAAUCCAACAUUAUGAUAGUCAAUUGGUGUACACCUCUACAUCCAAAGUGAUGAUUGAAAUAUUUAAAUACCUCUAUACCAGGUGGUAAAUAGCCCUGCUCUGAGUCCACUGAGUAUCCCUUGGUGACCUCAGUUAUUCUGGCUCCUACACUAUGAAUGCUCCAUCUUCCCACAGUUCAGUCUUGCAGAGGCUGUACCAGCACCAUGGCCAGUGUCCACUCUGUUUCACAAUGUCCUGGUCUUGCUGGUUUAGGGAGCUAAAAUAACUUGCCUGAAGCCACCCAUAUGGUAAGUGGCAGCAUUGGGACUCCCAGGUGUGUCUGUUUGAAGCUGGGACCAGGUUCCCCACCAUUUUCCAUACCACUUCUACACAUGAGUAGUGAUGGCAAGAGAAGUUCCACUCUGAGGUCUUCAACAGAGACACUUGCCUGACUGCCAGGUAACAUGUUGAUUUCCUGCAUGCUGAACUGUUAGAAUAUAUUUGACUGGGCAGAUUGUGGUUAUAAAUUCCUAAGUAGCUGAAAAUCAAUUUAAAUUAGAGCCAAACAUUUGCAGAUUCCUGAAGCACUUUCAGACAAUCCCAAAUUUUGUGGAACCUUGUUUAAAGACCCCUGGUUUGAGCUAAUGAAGGAUUUGAUAAAUGAGGGGCUCCUGUGCCAAAUCUGACCCACUACCUAUUUUUAUCAAAUUUCUAGAUUUUUUUGCUCUUUCUUUGUGGGUCAGAUUUGCCUAGGGAUGAUCUAUGCUGGCUGUCCAGCAUCUGCUCAGAAUAGCUUUUGUUUUCAUCUCUUUAUGGUCCUCAUGGGGUCUUUUGGGCAGUGAUGGGUGCUAGUACAGGGAUGGGGGUCAAAUGUAAGCUUUGGAUAAAGCAAAGUGCCCAGUGUCGGCUUGAGUGCCCCACAUCAACAAGUCAUCCAUAUGCAUUCUCUGAAAGCAAGGACAAGUUCUUCAUGAAGAGGGUUCCAAGAGGACUUUGGCUGGCUCAGAAGUUGUUUAGCACAUGAAAGAUCAAAGUCCAGUAAAAGCUGGAAUGACAGUUUUCUUGUGCUGCAAGGAUGAGCAACAAACUUCCCUUUACCAAGGAACUGUGGAACAGAGGGUUCCAAGAUCCACCACGGAAAGGCAGUGUGGAAGUUGUCCUACCGGCAGCCAUGGUUGCUGUCACCAUUCCCAUCAUGAUAGUUCUCUCUUCUAAGCCCAGACUUGGCCUCAGAAUCCUCCUGAACCCAGCACUCCAGGCAGCCACUACCAGUGGGUUGGAAGUGACAUGAAGGAUGAAAGCCAGUUUGUCCUCCAUCAGUGCGGGCUAUGGCUUUCCAGGAGUCCUGGGUGUCCGUGCUCUCAUACUCUGUCACAACUCUGAGGACACCAGGCUCUCACCUGACUCCAGUGAAACACAGCGAGGAGGAGCAUGAAUGGCAUCCCCUGGUUGGCAGCAUUUCUGGAAGUGUGAAGCAGUGUUCUGGGUUUUGACAUCUCUAAGCAAAGUGCAAAACCCUCUCUUGCCAGUAGGUGGCGCUGCAGACCAGCAAUCUGCUGCCGGCUGUAGUGAUUUUAUUCACUGGUUUACUUUUAUCUUUCAUUCUACUUGGUACUGUGCUGGACUUUCCCUACCAAGUAGCCCUAGCCAGCCAUAAAGGACUUCAGGUGCUCUGAAAAUGUCUGCUAAACAUACUUGUGUGACGAGCUGAUUGCUCUUACCGAUAACCACUGUGACUGUGUGUAUGGAUGCACACAGUGUGUGCGACCAGAUAAAACUUGUGCAUGUGUGUAUAUUUAUGUGGGUAUUUGUAGUGGCUCAGGUAGCUCUUUUAAUGAUUCUGUUUGUAUGCGCAUGUGUUUUCACUCUUCACUAGGAGUGUACAAAUGUUUAUCUCCAUUAAUUGAGGAUCUUCAGUUUGUGGGGGCCAGUCCUGCUUCUUGGAACUGGUUCUGACUGUUCCCAUCACCUCAUGGACGUGGCAUGUGUGUAGCCUGGGGACCACUAAGGUCAGUCCCUGUAGCCUUCUUCUGCAUUUUCCAGCUUCUGGCUGAGGCCUUGGCUUUUAACCCUGUCUCCACUCCUACCCUCUGUAGCCUUAGCAAGGGAGUGAUAGAAACUGGGCUAAGAUGAUGCCUCACUAACUUCACUCAUUCCUUCCCUCCUCCUAACAGUGCCACAGUCAACAUUUACCACUGGGCAGAUAUGCACUUUGAAGAUCUAGAGGGAACCCAUUCACACAAUAACACCGGUGGUGCAUAGAGGCCCUGACCAUCUCAUGAUUGUGUCUAGGACAAUUGCUUUCCUCCCUGAACCCUGGCCCAGCCCAACCUAGGCUGGAAUUCCUUCCUCUGCUUGGGUGUUCUAGUCUGAACUUCUAGCCAGAAGUGACUUACCCUUGACCUUGAUUGGGAAGUUUCUUCCUGAUGAGCCAUCUCCCAGAGGAGUAUGAAAGUGAAAUGGGGCUGGGAACCUUUUAGUUACUCAUCUUUGCCAAGUAAAAAGUCCCAUAAGGUGAAUCAAAACUGCAGAUGGAGGUCACUGACUUCUGCCCUCCUGGCCUGUGGGUAACUACUCCUUCAUGGGCAAGAUAAAAGGCCCAAGGAUAGACUUACAGCUGCCACCACAUAGAAAAUCACUGAGAUCACCACAGACCAGAUGCACAGGCACAGAUCACAAACUCUGAUGCCUACAGGGGCUGAGCAGGAAACAGAAAUGAGUGAAGGGGAUUAGCAGGGUCAUUAGGGAGAUGGAAAACACCGAGCAGGGCCUGAUAGAUGGCUGCCAUGUGGGAAUGCAGGCUGAUAUUGCUGGAGAGUCCAUCCAGUUUUUCACGAGAAGCUAGAAGUCUGGACUUUGAGAUGUUGGCAGCUAUUUCAAAUUCAGAAAACACUAUUUGGGCCAAAGAAAGCAUAUCCUGCAGGCUAAAUCUGGACCUUGAAUCUCCAGUUUACACUGCUACCUGGUCCAGUAAAUUGGGAUGUUUAGAACCAAGUAACUGAAAAUAGGAGGUUGUUCAAUUCAGGCUCAUAGUUUGGAGAUGACGUCGCUCAGUCCCUGUGUGUUUUAAACUGUAUUGGUACAAGCUUCUUUAUUAACUUAAUAUGCCCAUAUCCUUAACCUCCAGUUUCUACUUAAAAGCAUCUCAGUACCCCCAGUUUAGAACAAGAUUGAGUGAAGCCUUCACACCCAGUGUGUUCGUGUGUACCUGGCAGAAGCCCUUUGCUGCUCAAUAUUUGCUGCCCUGCUUCUGCCUCGCCUGCUCCCCCUGGGUUGUUGUUUAUGGUAAACCUCCUAAGUGCCUCCUUUAGAGGUCAGAGCAUGUGCCUCUUGUCUCUGUGACUCCCCUUGCCUGGGAUUAGGCCUUGCAUACCCUUCCUGGCUUUCCCCUGUCACCUGCUCUUAGCAUACCCCUUGGGUCCUGCUAGGUCUGGCUUUUUGCAGCUUUCACCAGGUCACAUGAUCAAGGGCUACAGGCUUGUCAGAGUGGACCCCUCCCUCCUUGUGUUUGUCUCUGCCUUCAUUUACAACAUGGGCUUCUGCUUCUUAAAAGCCAUUCGAAUA